UCAAGAUCGGCACAUCAUCACCCUUUGUGUUGGACGCUGCUCGUUGCCUUUCGCGCCUUUAACGACGUGUAGAGUCGAGAGAGCGACAGAAAGAGCGCGGACAAGAGCCGAUGUCGGCAGCAAGCUCACCAUGUCAAAGUCCUGUUCGCCAACGCUGCGCCAGGUGUGGCUUGUCCUUGGACACUGCAUCCCUGCUGUUGGUGUGUGAGCACAACCUUUGCCUACAUUGUGCGGCCCAACUCUUGGAGAAUCACGGCGCAGCUGGACAUCGGGUGGCAUGCAAAGUCUGCCAGGCUGUCACGGAGGUCGAUACGUCUGCAGCUACCUAUUUGGAGAGUUUGCUGUCACCCAGCACUUCUCGGAGAAGAGGUCCAUAUGGCAGUGAGAUGUCCACGCAGCUGCCCUUGGCCGGAUCUCUAAGCCCCUUCACCGCGGCUGUCUCGGUGUCGCCUGCGCUUUCGGCGCCGGACUCACCGCCGCGAUCGGGCACCGGAAGGCAGCGCUGCGGGCAAUGUGAGGAGCCAGCUGAUCUCUUGUGCUCUCAAUGCCAAGAAGUCUUCUGCCGACGUUGUGGGACUGCAGUGCAUCAGCGGGGGCGGAUGGCUCGCCACCAGCUCCAAGCGUUGAGUUGCGAGGCCGAGGCCGCGAAGAAGGCGACCCCCUCGCCGCGAGAAGCUCCGAAGGUCCAAACCGAUCGGCUCGGAGAGAAGUCCCGCUUGCCCAGCACAUUGCAGAAGCUGAUGGCCCUGAAUCAAUUGAGUCGCACAUUCUAUGCUUGCCCGGAGCAUCCUCAGGAGCCUUUGAACUACUUCUGCCUCCAGUGCCAGUCGGAGUGCAUUUGUGCCGAGUGCUGCUUGCAUGGAAGGCAUCGCGGCCAUGAAGUCCAAAGCGUCUCGGAGGCUGGGCGAGGCAUCGCCUCCGAAGUGGACGACUUGCUGGAGGCGCUUUGCUCUCAUCAGGAGUCCUUGAAGUCUUUACUGGGCCGUAUCCAAGAGUUGCGCCUGGAACUGGCACAGGCCCUGGCUGAAGCGCAGCAGCAGAUGCAACAGCAAAUGCAGAAGGCCAUCGCUGAGGUGAAGAAGGAGGAAGCCAAGUGCCUCCAGGAAGCAGAUCGGAGCUUUGACAUGGCCAAGUUGUGCCCCGAUGAAGAGACCUCCAUCAUUGCGAUGCAUCAACAGCUCUCAAGGUCUCUUGAAUCCGGCGAUGUGCUGCAAGCUUUGAUCAGCUUUGUCAAACUCCAGGAAGCCAUGGCAGUGCCUCCCCUAGACGCUGCUCAUAGCGCUCAACAGCUGAAGAUCCAACAAGAUCACUUUAGUGAGAAGUCUUUGAUCUUAGACCGGGCCCUCGAGCGUUUGAACGGGCCAGCAGCUGCUACAGCCGCCAUGCCACCUUUGCUGAGGGUCUCCAAGACCAGCCCCAAGUGACUGAAAUGGGGUCAUUUGGGAAGAGCCUGAGGACGAAAAAAACAGAUGCGCAGAAACCGUAUGCGUACGCAUCCGUUUCCGCCAUAAAUCUCGGCAAACCGUGAGCUCCUCGAAACCCACGCGGAGCUCGGACGGGGAAUUCUG